AUGUCUAACCUAACUUAUAAUUCUAACACCAAUAAUUCCGAAAACACAGAAAAAUAUGAAAAUUUAGUUAAACCUAACUUAAACAUAGAGGAAGUACCAAUAUCCUUGUUCAAAGACCACCCAAAUAUCGAAUCCACAGGUAGUGAAUUUCAGUUACUAGACUUAUUACAUACAGUUAUUUUAAUAAUGACUAUAAUAAUAUUGAUAAUGGUACUUAAUAUCCAUGCAGCUGCAUCUUGGAAAAUUAAUCAGUAUGUAUAA